AAAGGUGGCACCUGCGCUGAUGAGGCGCGCGUAGCUCUCUAUACGUGACUCGCCUGUUAUUCCCUCUCCCGAAUUAAGACGGGGCUCAUAAAAAGGGAGAGUUUGUUGGAGUUGCAAGAGAAAUACAAGUUUCGCGGAAAGCUCGUUCUCCUCCGGUCAGUUGCAGGCGCCGCAAGCACCCGAGAGCCGCUGCAUUAAAGAAGGGCCCGGCAACUCAUCCCCUUCUCCUCGAGAAAGUAUUUAUAGCUGGGGCACAGCCAGCUUGCAGGUUUGCCUGGCCGUCGGCGUGCUACACAUACACAGCCCGCUAGGCGCCCCACCGUGAUUGGGGCGUUGUUCCUCUAGAAGGCGAAACGUUUUUAAGUUCACGCCCCUCGUCUUCGGCGAGAAAAAACGCGGGCAGCCACUUUCUCGGACUUUCCUCUUUUGGGGGUUCCCUUUUUUUUCCCCCACACCCCCCCGGUGGUAAAGAGCGAGCGGCAGAAAAACACCCGGCAGAAAUUAAAACGAAUUGCAGCGGAAUCUACUGAACACUUUUGCCAAAAUGCUCCUUUUGUUGUUGGGAAUCAUUGUGCUCCAUAUCUCGGUGCUUGUUCUUCUCUUCGUUUCUACAAUUGUCAGUCAAUGGCUCGUUGGGAACGGACACAGGGCAGACCUUUGGCUGAACUGCACCAUUCCUAUGUCUCCAUUUCGUUGCACAACUUCAUCCACAAAUGAAUGGCUGCAAUCUGUCCAAGCUUUGAUGAUACUCUCUGUCAUCUUCAGUGUUAAGUCUUUAUUCCUGUUCUUCUGCCAGCUCUUCACACUCACUAAAGGUGGACGUUUCUACCUUACUGGUAUUUUCCAGAUCCUUGCUGGCCUGUGCGUGAUGAGUGCUGCGGCCAUCUUCACCGUGAGGCACACAGAGUGGCAUCCCUCCUCAGACAAUGCCUCCUUUGGCUUUGCCUACAUUCUGUCCUGGGUGGCUUUCCCUCUGGCUAUCCUCAGCGGGGUGAUCUAUGUCAUCUUGAGGAAACGCGAGUGAAAAGUCAAGGGAGGUCACUGAGACUUAGAGCCCUCAGGGCAAGAGGUGUCAGCAAAAUAGAAAAUGAAAAACCAAACACUUUCUCUCCCCACCCCAAACCACCAACCCUCCCACCUACUCCCUUCCCCUCCAAAACCCACAAAGUUAUUAAGGGGGAAAAAAGGAAGAAAGAGAGCUGAAAGAAGGAUUACUGUAUUCAUUGGAGAUGUAUAUAGUAUCUAUGGUUUAAAAAGCCUAUUUAUAACACUUUUUACAUAUAUGUACAGAGUACUGUUUGCUUUUGUUUGUUGACCUGCCACCAUAUCUAAAGCCUAAAAAAAAGUGCCUAAGAACUCUUAACUCUUAACAAUGUAAUGAGAGUGCCGCUUUUUCCUCCUUAUCUUUAUGCUGUGGAAGCAAGUGGAUCCCUCCUCCCAAGCUUUCCACUGUCACCCUCAAGCCAAGCCCAGUUUGAGGAACCCUCCAUCUGGCCCUUCCAGCUAAGAAUGGCCUGGUACCCUGGCACCUGCCUUAGCCCAUGUCUGCAUUGUGGCCCUUUUAACCAAAUGAUGGAGACCAAAUGCUACACAGAAAGGGGAGGAACUUCUACCUAAAAGCAGAUGGUGUGUUAAGGGUGGGUAAGCCCAGCUUAUCAACAACUGCUUGGGAUGAUAACCAAGUUGUGGAGGAUUCAGUGAGGUAUAUUGCCUCAGUGAUGCAACCCAAAGCUCCUUGCCAGUGUUACCACCUCCUUAAAGCCACCAGGUAUGAUCACCCGAGUUCCUUGUAGGACAGAAAUGAUGCAAAGAACCUGAAUUAGGCCUCAGUCUUCAGAAGGAAGGAAAUGUUUGCAUAUGUUAAAUCAGCUAAGGCUAGCAUGAAAGCUGAGUCAGUUGAAAGGAACACUACGGGCGGGAUGAUGAUCUAAAAUUAAAACUGUGAUUUUUAACUAGCUUAGUAGUACUCCCUCAGCUAUGCCGGCUGAUCUUCAGAGAAGACUUUUCUCUCUUUCCUGGAGAAUAAGCUAAAGUAGAAAAGUUGAAUGACGCUUUCUAAGCUCUAUGGUCCACCCUAAUUCCUUUCCCUAAAUCCUCUGAAAUCAAAUACCAAAUACGUGAAAUGGUGCUAUCUAUUUACCAUUCCUUAUAUCGCUAAGCCAUUUAACCGUUGCUCACUGGAAAUUGGGGUAACCAUUUUGAGAAAAGCCAAGGAAUAGGAAUGAUAAAUAAUUCUGUGUAAUAUAUACAACCUAUAACUGCUUUUGUAUGUAGGAAAGUCGCUAUCCAUUAUUAUUGCUAUUUUUUUAAUAAAGCACUUAUAACCAAG